AUGGGUUUGUCGACUCGUUUCCUCCGCAUUCCGCGGCCAGAGACUUUUCUCUACGUGAUGAGCCUACAGACAGGCGCCUCCUUGAUCACUUUGUCGCUACUUCUCAACAAAAUUAGCGGUCUCUAUGGCAUGCUCGCCUUGCUGACCGGCUACCACCUAUCGCCAGUUCAGCUGUCGAUGUACCUCUACUCCUUGAUCGCGCUUGUCCUCACAGUCCUCCUCUUCCCACACAUCCGAAAGCAGUCUCCUUUACAAUGUCUUGCGCUCGCCUGGUUAUAUGUCUUUGACAGCCUCAUCAACGCUGCUUACACCGCUGCCUUCGGCGUGACGUGGUUCCUCGUUAUCGCUCAACACACCGACAAUGAGAAAGCAUCCGGUCCGGGAAGCGACACAAUGGGUCAGACAGCCGGAUUCACCGGCUCCGAGUACGACGCCGCUACGAUGCAAGCCGGGAACUACCAUGAGUCGAGGAGCGCGGAUAAACUCGGCAAUGCUGUCACUCAGCCAGAAAGCUUCCAGAGCAUCCUUUUCAUUUGUGCGCUAUGGUCGAUUCGUAUCUACUUCGUCUUUGUCAUGCUCGCCUUUGCCCGCCAGGCCCUCCGACUAUACGUCGCCAUCCCCCGACACACUCAAUUGCCCACCCACAGCCGCAAUACCUCUGUCGCUAGUAUGGCCAGCGUUGCCGACAUCGACCGCGAGCUCUUCUCUCCAUACAGCCCUGACGGCCAAGGCUGGAAAGGGAAACUCGGCCGUCUGAUGAUUAGCGUCGGUAAGAACUACUGGCUUGGCGAGGAGGACGAUGGCAAUUGGGUCAGCAUGGAUCAUCGGUUCCGUCCUGCUGGGACGUCGAGCGAACUUCCCGGUCCUCUCGAACGUGAACGACGCCGACGAUCCGGCACCGGACCACCCGCACCCUCCCAGGCGGCUGUUCAAGCGGCCUCUCUGCAGCAACCCGCACGCGAACCGACUCCUCAUUUGACUGUGAAGGUACACGACUGGGCGGACACCAGGUGA